UUCCUUUUCACUCAUCAUCUCUAACUCUGUGUCCUAAUAAAAGGAGCUGGCCUCUGCGUGUGCAUGUAUUAGACUUCGAGACCAGAAAGAAAGUGAUCUAAAAGGAAGUGUUGAAGAAUAUGGAUCUUCGUUCUAGAAGAGGCAGAGGAGAAAGAUCAGAACUGAGCCCAGACAGGGUCAAAGUGUGCACGCAGCAACCAAAGGUCAAACCCCUAAAAAAGGUUCAAGUUGUUUACUACCUAUCCAGAAAUGGCCAACUUGAGCACCCACAUUACAUGGAAGUUGCCCAUUUGGCCAAUCAACACCUUCGUUUGAGAGAUUUCACGGAUCGGCUCACAGUUCUCAGAGGAAAAGGCAUGCCCUCUCUAUAUUCUUGGUCUUGCAAAAGGAGCUACAAGAAUGGGUAUGUUUGGAAUGACUUGGCAGAAAAUGAUACCAUCUAUCCAUCUGAUGGAGCUGAAUACGUUCUCAAAGGGUCUGAACUCGUUGAAGGAUGCCCUGAAAGGCUUCAACAACUUAAUGUAAGCAAUAAUAGACAACUAAUUCAGGAACCCAAUCUCCAUGCAAAGAGAAAACAACUUCUGGAACCUAUUCAACAGCCCAGACAACUCGAAGAAACGCAUGGAACCAAGUACUAUCAAGAAUAUGAUGAUGAAGAAUCACAGGAAUCACAAGAAGAAUAUGAAGAUGAAGAGAAAACAAGCUAUACAAGCUCCACAACACCCCACUCUCGCUGUUCAAGAGGGGUAUCCACAGACGAACUUGAAGAGCAAGUACCCCGCAAAAACCCCACCACUGAGUCAACUCAACAUCACUCCCCCCCAGAAUCAACACCCUCAAUACUCUCUGAGAAACCCCGUCAAAGCACCAACAAUACCUCCAAACGUUUUGAAGACGGUGACCCCGUUGCCAUCGUGUCAGCACCGGGUCGUAACUCGGUCUUACUCCAACUCAUUUCAUGCGGAAACUUGACUGUGGCCAAAGCAAAAAACAAUGUGCCUAGUUUAAAGCAACCGGCUGCAGCUGUGACAGUGAACGGUCCCAAUGCUAACGUGGUUAAAAGGAGUGUAAGCGAUCUUCAUAGAGGGGUCUUGUAUAAAACUGCAGUUAAGGUUGCUGAGGAAGAGAUGAUUAGCUACAUGUCCGAGAAUCCUAGGUUUGGAAAUCUACAGUCUGAAGAGAAGGAGUAUUUUAGUGGCAGCAUUAUUGAGUCAAUGAGUGAGAACCGAGUUGUGGACGAGCCAGCUUUGAAGAGAUCCAAUUCCUAUAAUGAAGAAAGGUGCACCAAGGCUGGAAUGGAGGAUGUUCAGGAAGAAGUGAAGGAGAGAGCAGCAAGAGGCAAAUGCAUCCCUCUCAAAAAAUCUUCAUCAUCUUCGAAACAAACCAAGAAAUGAGUACUGAUGUGUCCCAUUGAGUGGAAGUGGUUGCAGCAUUAAUUAUUACUAGCAGUUAUUAGGGUUUUACCUAGUAGGGUAACUGUGGUGCUGUGGAAAUUAAUUUGACAAGGAUGUUGUAAAUCUUGGAAUUGGAGACGUUGAGAAAUGGAAACCAUGGUGCUAGCUGGUGUGAUUCCAUUUAUUACUGUUUGUCUUUGUGUGCUCUAAUGAGAUUUCGAUCAUUUUCAUCA